ACAGCAGGUGAGAGUUCCGCCUCCAGGCGACACUAAACCCCGGUUAAACAUUUGCUGCUCGCGGCUUCACAACAGAUCCGCGCGUGUGGCUGCUGGCUGUCAGAUCACUUGGUUCCUCCGGAGACAACAGUGCGGAGAAUAAACCGUCAUGUGCUCGGUCAUCAGAGUGAAACCGGUUCUGCGGCUUCUGUCUCUCUCGCUUCGCCUCAACACCGAGGGCUCGAGUCGCGCUGCAGCCCAGAGCAGGCGCCUCCGAUCCGGCGUGGGUGCUGGCCUCGAGCCGCUGGCAGCUUCCACCAGACGGUACUGCACCAGGAUGGCUCGGACCGGAGCACCGCUCUUCAGACAGCUGUUUGAGUCGGAGAGCAGCACCUACACCUACCUGCUCGCAGACGUUGAAACCAAGGAGGCUGUCGUCAUCGACCCCGUCCUGGAGACCAUCGACAGGGACCUGAAGCUCAUACGUGAACUGGGGCUGGACUUGAAAGUGGCAGUAAACACCCACUGCCAUGCGGACCACAUCACAAGCACGGGCCUGAUGAAGAAGAGACUGGUGGGCCUGAGGAGCGCCAUCUCCAAAUUCAGUGGUGCUACCGCAGAUAUUCACCUGUCAGAAGGAGACACGAUCCCCUUUGGAAAACAUUAUCUGACAGUGAGAGAGACACCCGGACACACUGAUGGCUGCAUGACGCUUGUGUUGGAGGAUCAGAGCAUGGCAUUCACCGGGGACACUCUCCUCAUCAGAGGCUGUGGCAGGACUGACUUCCAGCAGGGCAGCCCUGAGAGGCUCUACGAGUCCAUCCAUCAGAAGAUCUUCACCCUGCCUGACCAGUGCCUCGUCUACCCAGCACACGACUACUUAGGUCAGACGGUAUCUACAGUCGGUGAGGAGCGAAAGUUUAACCCACGCUUGACCAAGAACCUGGAGGAGUUCGUGAACAUCAUGAACAACCUGAAUCUCCGCCAUCCUGCAAAAAUAGAUAUUGCAGUUCCUGCUAAUCUGGUUUGUGGUUUACAUGAACUUUGAAUGUGCUGUAAACGGCAGUUUUUUUUUUAUCAAAUCAUCUACAUCAUAGCAAAGCAAUAACAAUUUACAGAUCUGUAUUUAGCAGGAGUAACCAAAAUAUGACCAUAAAGUGCUUUAUUUUGUGUCUAUGUAUAUAAAAGUAAAGAUAUAUAUUUUAAGAGCUAUUGCUAAUAUAGUAAAUUGACUAAAUCUGUCUUUUAACGAACGCUAAAGCUGGAAUCACACAGAGCCUCCGAUUAGAGGAAGAUUCUCUGCACCUCAUCUGGAGUGCAGCUACUGACAUUGUGAUCACACUCAUACUCAUACAAUCAAAAUGCCAUAAAUUCAGUUUGAAACGAAUCCUACAAAUCUACAGACGAGGAGGAACCACUAUUAAAUUUCUGUUGGAUCUAA